GUGUGAAAAUGAGAAAUUUCAUGGUCGAAGUCUAAUAAUUAAGAGAUAAGUUAUAAUUUUCUACGAUAAUUUUCAUAAAUAAACGUUUUAUUUACGUUUCAACGCUGUCGUAAUACAUGAGCUUAGUUCUGUGCAAAACAAAACAGUAAAUAUUUUCCAUCGCAGCUUUUCAAUCAGUAUCCGGCAAAAUGAUUCUAACAUCGCGAAAAAUCUCCAACAAAUUGCAUUUCAACAGCCUAUGCAAGAAUAUUUCACUGAGGCAUUUAAGUUUAUUAGAAUGUAGAAGUAAAGAAAUCCUUCAGAAGUUCGACGUGAAUAUUCAGAAAUUCAGAGUCGUGAAUAAUGCGGCUGAUGCAGCUCAAGUACCUGAGAUCCUGAAGGCAAAAGAGUACGUUAUUAAAGCUCAAGUUCAUGCCGGUGGUCGAGGUUUAGGACAUUUUAACAAUGGAUUCAAAAGUGGCGUACAUAUCACUAAAGAUCCAAAAGAGAUACCUCCAAUAUUGAAUAAUAUGAUAGGAUAUAACUUAAUUACCAAACAAACUCCUAAAGACGGUGUUCCAGUCAAGGAAGUUAUGGUUGCUGAAUCAGUUGAUAUCAAGAAAGAGACUUACUUCUGUAUUUUAAUGGACAGAGCUCACAAUGGCCCAGUAGUGAUUGCCUCACCUUCCGGUGGAACUGAUAUCGAAAAUGUGGCCGAAAAAACACCACAUCUCAUAAAAACCAUUCCAAUUAGUAUUUUCGAAGGUAUUACAGACAAUACCGCCAACGAGAUUGCUUCUUUUCUAGAAUUCAGUGACGAUCUUAAACCAGUUGUGGCUACUCAGGUUAAAAGGCUGUGGGACGUGUUCUUAAGUAUUGACGCGGUUCAGGUUGAAAUCAAUCCAUUAGUUCAAACCGGCGAUGAUAAAAUUAUCGCUCUAGAUGCCAAAGUGCAAUGUGACGAUAACGCUGCAUUCAGACAAAAAGAAAUUUUUUCUAAGCACGAUCACGCCGAAUCUGAUCCCAAAGAAGUGGAAGCAGCUGCUCAUAAUUUGAAUUAUAUUGCCAUGGAUGGAAAUAUAGGAUGUUUAGUUAACGGCGCCGGUUUAGCUAUGGCUACGAUGGAUAUUAUCAAAUUACACGGUGGAGAACCAGCCAACUUUUUGGAUGUAGGAGGAAACGUUAACGAAGAUCAAGUUCUUAAUGCAUUUCAAAUUCUACUCACCGAUCCUAAAGUUAAAUCGUUGUUAGUGAACGUUUUCGGUGGUAUCGUCAACUGUGAAACUAUCGCUAAAGGAAUAGUUAACGCGACGAAAAAACUACAAUUGACAAUACCUCUUACGGUGAGAUUAGCUGGUACUAAUGUGAAAGCUGGUCUUAAAUUACUCGAGGAUUCCAAACUUCCAAUUCAGUUCGCCGAAAAUCUCGACGAAGCUGCCAGAAAAGCUACCUCUUUUUAAAUGUCUCUAUUUAUCACGAUGUGUUCAGUUUAUAUUGAGAAAAAAAAACAGUAUCUGAUUUUUAUAUUGUUAUUUUUACGUAGGUCAGUUCGGUAAUCGAGUUGUUGAUUGUUGAAAAGCGGUAAUUUUUUUAACAAAUAUACAUAUUAUGGUUUUUCAGUU